CCCCCCCCCCCCAAUGAUAUCGUCUCCACGAUGGCUACUAUUGGACAUCGUGGAGUCAAGGGAAGCCCCAGGUAAGAAAUCUGGGCCCUCUCUCGUAUCGUGGAGCCCCCGUCAAGAGGGGGGGAAGGGAAGGGAAUCCGAGGAAACGGCAGCCCCAUCCCUGGGCCUGGGCAGGGUUCACGAUGGUCAGCCCCGGUGCUUCUUAGCCGCGCCGCCCUCGUGGGUAAUGGUGGCCCAGUUGAGUGCGGAACCAAAGAGGGGGAAGGCCCGGGCCGAAGAUUUAUGGCCCUUCCACCCCGUCCAUCGGAUCCAUCACGCCCUGUCAUCAUCUCACGAUGCACCCGUUGUCUUGUCGCUCGCUUUGACAGGCGGGGUAGUAAGAUCGACAACAACAACAACGACCACCACCACCACCACCAACGUCACCACAUACGGCGCCAGAGCUCAAAAUAUUUGGUUGUAGGACUGCUUUUUUGUGCGUGGGUAAGCUCUUCAAAUUUUUGCUUUUAUUCUUGAUUUACAACACUCACUUCACAAUCGGUACGGUGUCGUUGAUACUCAUAAUUUGGACCAUUGGUCACAAAGCUGGCAUAGGGAGACAACUUUGAGGGCAGAGACAAAUCUCAAGGUGGACUGUGCCGGAAGAGUA